UGUCAGAAUUUCCGUAAUCGAAGUACUUUUAUGGCACAGAAAAGUAUAUACAUCACGCUUAUCACAAUUAAUUGUAAUACUAUUGCGUUACUAUGUAAAUUUUAUUCAAAAAAGUAUCCUUUCAUUAACGUAAUUUUAAACUAAAUAAAGCACAUUAAAUUUAAAAACCAAGUAUGACGACACUACCGGCAAUCAACGCAAAGGGUAAUCGAGCAAGUACAACUUCUGCCAAGGAAAGAGCUGCUUCCAAUGUAAGUCGUAGAAACAUGAGAUUCAUGACCUGGAGGGAGAGAGAACUUGUGAAGCAACAGAAAAUACGAGAUGAGAAACCAGCCAUGUCAAAAGUGGAUACCUCCAUAUAUCGAAAUUCAUACAAACACAACAUGUGUGUGGAAAUGCUGAAAGAAGGUUUCCAUAAAUCAUUUGAAGAACUUUUUAAUUUAAUCGAACAAAGGAAAAGGAAACGACUUGAAGCAGGCGUGGACUCUGUGUUGUGGCAUGAAAAAUCACUUGAAGAACAAAGUGAGAAAUUAGAUCAACUGUGGUUGCAUCUUACUAAGGCUGAAGCUGCAUUAAGAGUUGGAAAGUGGGAAGAAGUUUAUGCUGCUCGCCAUCAGCUUGCUCAGUUUUUCCUCAGCACCGGGGAUCAGUGGCUCUCGGAUCAUUUCUUUAAAUCUGCUCUUGAGACGAGUCUUAACAUCCGAUUAGAUGGAGGACGCAGGGAAGCUGAGGCAAACUGCAACAUAGGACUCGCCCUUGAAAGAAAUGAACAAUACAAGUUAUCAGCGGAACAUUUGGAAAAGUUUCAUCAGUUAAGUGUUGGGAGAAAUUGGACGGAUGAAGCAUCAUUACCACACAGCAGUGCAGCUUGUCAACAUUUGUCAAGAAUUUACACUGCACUGUCAGAUGCCACCUCUGACUUGCAAGAGAAACAAAAUUACCUCAACAAAGCUUACAGUGUGGCAAAGGAAGGUUCGGACCCCAUGCAGGAGGCCAAGGCUGCUCUGAAACUUGGGCAAAACUAUGAGUUAAUGAAAGAUUCCGAAACAGCAAUUGAAUACCUUAACCAUUCCUUGGAAACCGCCCAAGAUCUCCAUGACAACGAGUUGAUUGGUGAGGCUUGUGAAGCGCUUGCAAAGUCACAUCAGACGCAGGGUAACGUCUCACGUUCUAUCGAAUGUUUGGAAAUAUUCGCCCAAACGUCACGUGACAGCGGACGGAAGACAGAGUUGGUGAACGCUUGCAACUGUCUUGGUGUUAUCUACAAUACCAUGGGCCACUACGACAAUGCAGUAGAUCAUUUCACUUCGGCGUACCAAGUUUCCAACGAACUUGGCGAGUUAAGUGAGAAAUCUGCCGUGCUGCUUGGUGUAGCACAAGGUAACGCGAUGCUCAACGCAUUCAAGCAUAACAUGGAGAUUCCACGACGUCAUAUGAUGGACCGAAUCAUUGAUUGGAAAAAUGAAAGAUGCAAUGAAUUUGGUAACCCGCUACCUACAGUACACAUGUCUCAACCACCGACCCCACCGAGAGUACCUGACCCUACAGAGCCGUUCCGUCAAGUUGAAGGCUCUGACCUCAUUGUGACGGAGUGAUGACGUCAGUUCGAUAAUUUUUAUCACGAUUUGAAACAAGAAAUGGAAUAAAGGCGGUUUACUUAAAUUUUGUCGCGAGGUGGCGCUGAGGAGUUAUGCGAUUUUUAUUUUUUCCAGCUAUUUUUAUAAUAAGCUCAAUGGAUAAGCUUUUAAUACAAUAUUUGUUAAGAA